AUGGCAACCUUGCUUCUCUUCUCUCUCAUCCUUCUAUCUAUCAUCUCUUUCUCCUCCCCUCUCUCUUCCCAAACACUCCUCAGCGCCGCCGCCGUACUCUCCGUCUCCGGCUUCGACUCCAUGGCCCUGACCCUCCAGCUCGUCUCAGACACCCUAAUUCCCUCGUCCAAUCAAAACGUCACCAUCUUCUCACCGCCCGAUGCCGCUUUCGCACAAUCGGGUCAGCCUUCCCUCUCUCUCCUCCAAUUUCACUUCUCGCCUCGCAGUCUCUCGCAACAUCGCCUCCAAUCGCUCCCCUACGGUGCCAAGAUUCCGACAAUGUCCGGGCACUCUCUGCGCGUCACAACCUCUGAAUCCGAUCGGCAAAUUUCGUUGAACAACGUCACGGUUAACGGGUCGCCGGUUUACGACGACGGUUCUCUGAUCAUCUUUGGGAUCGAAAAGUUCUUCGAUCCGAAAUUUCGUAUUCCCGCGCCGAUUCGAAAGGCCAGCACCAUUCUUCAGUGCAGAAAAGAUCCGAACGACUCUGGGUCCUUCUCCUUUGGUGAAGCUUCCGGACUUCUGAGAUCCACAGGGUACUCUGUGAUGGCUUCGUUUCUUGAUUUGCAAUUGAAAGCAUUAAAGGAUCAGGCCAAUUUGACCGUCUUCGCUCCGAUUGACGAAGGGAUGAUCGACAAUGCUAGUAAUUUUAGCGAGUACUCGUCGCUGUUCUUCCGACACGUUCUUCCUUGCAAGUUUAUGUGGAGUGAAUUAGGAAAUUUUGAUGAUGGGACGACGCUGCGGACAUCCUUGGAGGGCUUCAGGAUUGAUGUGACAAAAUCUGGCGACGUAGUGUUGCUGAAUGAAAUUCCGGUCACAUUCCCGGACAUGUACUCCAGUGACUGGCUCGUUGUUCAUGGCCUUCGGGAAAUUCUUACGAUGCCGGAGAGACCAGAAGCACCGGCGGAAUCUUCAUCUGAUCAAAAUGGAGGAAGCAACAAGGAGAAGUUACCCGAUCGAGAAUUUUAA